UUCAAGAUGUUGAUAGUAUACAUACUGAUAUUCUCUGUCUUCAUAGGAAUUCUUUCCAUUUACUGGGGUACUCUCUACAGAAGAGACACAAGAUACAAGAACAUGGGCUUUCUAGUUGUAUCUGAAGACUUGCCCUUUGAAGUUGAUGGAAGCAGGUUAGAUCCGUUCUUAAACGAUGCAUUUUUGUCCAUGAUCCAAAAUAACGAGACAGUCAUAAAUUUAGCAAAAUGGGAACAAAUUACCUUGUCAGAGUUCCAGGAAUCGGCCAGAGCCCAUAAUAAUAACAUUACUGCUGAAGUGUACAGAAAAGUACACCACCAGAAGUACUGGGCUGCCGUGCACAUCAAGCCCAAUGCUUCACAGCUCAUCUAUAGAAGUUUGGCCACGGCAAAUUUCUCAUUGACAGCUUCUGGCGAGAUCACGGAGCUUAUAGAUGUAGUAUACGAAUCAGGAAGACAAUAUUCAGCAUUAAGUCAGUACGUCAGUAAGCAUAUUAGUCAGAUAGAAGACGUUUGGCUCAGUUCGUACGUUUCGCAAAUGAUUUAUGAGCCAAUAAUAAAGUCAUUGAACGAUACUCAACGUUUGGCUCUUUUGGCCAACAACAAUACCAUCAGCAUUCUAGCCUCAAAACCCGCAUUCAAUAUCAUUGACUUGCGACCAUCUCCGUCUUCAGCUGUGUUGGGACCAUCGGAAUUGGGAUUGAUCUAUGCCCUCCUCUUCUCCUUCCAUCAGUUCAAUUUCUCUCUAGAAAUUUAUAAUUACAUUCGGACCAAGUUGAAGUUCAGACAUUACUUGGUCUGGCGUUUCGUUGCUUCUCAGAUUAACUGUCUUGUGCUUGCGUUGGUUUAUUCGCUCAUUACCAUCGCUUUCCAAGUGCCUACGAACGUAGCCUUUGGACAUUCGGGGUUUGUGGUGCUCUGGAUGUUCAUGUAUUUGUACAUCUCAGCCAGUGGUGGUAUAAAUGAAAACGUCGUCACUGUUAUUUUAGCCUUUGACCAGAAGGUGUUCUUAGCGCCGUGGAUGAUCUUCAAUAUUGUCAUCAAUAUAUCGUCCACUUUCGCACCGUUUGUGCUUAUGCCUGGCUUCUACAGAUAUGGCUUUGCUUUGCCCAUGUACAACACGUAUGAGGCGUUGAAAGUCGUGUUUUUCGACACCUGGAAGGGCAACUUGGGUCGCAACUUGGGUGUUCUUGUAAUCUGGAUCGUUGUAAUGAACAUCGUCCUUGUCUUCAACGUGCAAUGGGCCAACAACAGAGCCAGGAGAAUCGCAACCGAGAAGAAGGAAGCAGAAAAGGAAAAG